GAAAGAGGAUCUUUUAGGGGAGGAGGUCAGCAAAGCACGCUUUGCUUACAUAGGUCAACAAACCUUAAGUCGUUUUUUCUAAGGGAAAAAUUUGCCUUUGCUCUGGUUGCGUGCCUUUUUGUUCUAAUUCCCUUUCUGUUUUCUGCUUCUUUCUGGUUUUUGUCAUUCUUUUUGGAGUUCUUCUCUUGUUGUAAAAAAAAAAAAAAAAAAAAAAAACUCUCCUUGUGUGUGUAUGUGUGGAUUUGUUCAUAUCCCAAAAGGAGAGGAGAGAAAGUAGGAAGCCCACUAAACGUGCUAAAAAUUUAAAAGAGAGAAAAAAAAGCUAGACAUCAAUACUACCCCCUAUUAUAGCUUCCUCCUCUCUUUCUUUUGCUUUUGGCUUGUUAUUCUAUAUUUCUAUCUGGGGUCUUCUUUUAUUUUUUUCUCCUCCACUCGGUGGGGUUUCUUUUGUGGGUUUUUAUAAUUCUAUGGUCAUGUUGUGAGUUUCAUUUCUGGGAGUACUAGUGCUGGUUUUAAGGAUUUUCAUGGGUUGUGGCUGUGAAACUGGGGUGGCUUUUUCGCUAGAAAUUUUUCUUUUUCUCUUUCAGCUAUACUAUAGCAAUCGUUGUUUUGAGCAAUAUUAGGGAGUUGGGCUGUCAAAAUGUUGAGCUUUGGUUGAGGACUAAGAAAAAGAAGUGUAGUAGAAGUUGUGAUAAAGAAAAAAAAAGGUAGUAAUUUUCCAUCUGGGUUUGUUCAAAUCUGUUCCCUUGAGAGAAUAUAGACAUGGGAGGAAGCACAAGAAGAGAAGAAAUUUGUCCUCAGCUGCUAGACUUGAUUCCCAAAAAUAGAGAAUGGCUUAUGAGAAGAGACAAUAACAGCUCUACUUCUAAAGAUGAGAGAAGCAGCCAUGGAUCUUCUUCAGAUGAGAAAAAGCUUGAACUGAGGCUUGGCCUUGGGCCUCCAGGUGAAAACUGGCCUCUCAAAAACGACAGCGGCAGAGAAAUAGGUGGUGAUGAAGAUCAAAAGUCUCUUCUUUCUCUCGGCUAUAGAAACCAAACCCCAUGGCCUUCUUCCGGGAAGUUCCAGGGGAAAACGACGUCGUUUCUUCACUUGCCUGUUGCGGCAAAAGAAGCGUCACAGCCCUGUUGCCCUCAAGUUCAGAAAAAUGCAGAAAAGAAGGCAUUUUCUCCUGCAACUAAUACAGCUGUUCCCAACAGCUCCUCUCAGAAAAGAACUGCCCCGGCUCCAGUUGUGGGUUGGCCUCCAAUUCGUUCGUUCAGGAAGAAUCUGGCCAGCUCCAGUUCUUCAAAACCCGCAACCACAGAAUCUCAAAACGACAAGAUUCCAAGGGACAAACCGGUUGAAACUAGCGGAAAAGGUCUGUUUGUGAAGAUCAAUAUGGAUGGCGUCCCUAUUGGAAGAAAAGUCGACCUUAAAGCCUACGACAGCUAUCAAAAGCUCUCCUCUGCGGUUGAUGAACUCUUCCGCGGCCUCCUUGCUGCCCAAAGAGAUUCCUCGGCUGGUGGAAUCCAAAUCAAGCAAGAAGAAGAGAAGGCAAUAACUGGAUUACUUGACGGAAGUGGGGAAUAUACUCUUGUUUAUGAAGAUAACGAAGGAGACAGAAUGCUUGUUGGGGAUGUCCCGUGGCAAAUGUUUGUUUCAACAGUGAAGAGGCUGCGAGUGCUCAAGAGUUCUGAACUUUCUGCUCUUAGCCUUAGCGGUAAGCAAGACCGGAUGGCUCUUGACUCUUCAUUGAAGUGAAGAGAGUGGGAAUUUUCAAACCUCAAAUGCCCCACCAAACUCCAAAGUUUGGGAGACUUGUUUGUAAUCGUAUGUGACAUUUUGUUUAAUGUUUUUCUAUGAUCAAGAAUUUUUUUUUGGUUUUUUUUUUUAAAUUUAGCCUACGAACUCAUGUAACGGUGGCGGGGUUCUAUUCCUUUUUUUGCUGAAAAUUCUGUUCAUUCCUCUCGACUCCUGUAGAAAAAAAAAAGCCGGACAAUAUAUGUUUCUUAUGAUGCCGUUUUUCACUAUAUUGUUUUUUUUGCUUGUGGAAAGAGGGAUUUAAUGUGAAAUUGGGUUUUUGGUAACCUAAAAAUUUCGACUUGUGUUAGAAAAUGCAAAUGAUAAUGAGAAAAAAAAAAGAAGUUGGUCCAAGAAA